CCGCCUUCCCAUUGGCUUAUUUAAGUGGGACUCAUGCCCUGAACCAACUGGCUCGUUCUUCGUCGGGCGGCGGGCCACCGCUGUCGCCGGCCGAUCGAGUCAUUCGCCUAACAAUUAACUGCGGCGACGGCAACGUGAGAUGAGUUGCCCCCCUCCGUCCUCCAUAAUGAUGGCGAGGCAGUUCAUCGCCGCCCCGCCGGCGACGUGGCGGCCGUCCUGAUGCACAAGUCCCAUCGAUCGCCCCGUAACGCGUGGCGGCGUCUUAAUUGCUCUGCGCCUCGGCACCAUCGUUUCCCCUCCCUCUCGGCUCUUGCCGUCGCCUGUCAUUAAUAGGAUUCGUAUCGUGAUAGUAAUAAUGAUUCUGUGUGCAUCUUCACAUGCUGUCGUAUUUGUCUCUUCUCUUAGGGCGAAGAAGUAAGUAGGUGGGGGCUACGCCGGAGAGGGAGAGAGUCCGCCUGCGACCGCAGCCGUAGCCGCCAUUUCCAUUCUCGCCCUCCUGACCGGAAGUGAAGGGACACAUGGAUAUCGUGACGGUGGCGUCGCCGGAGUGGGUGCCGGCGCCGGGAGUUGUUAUCAGGGAGUACGAUGCAAGCCGCGACCGGGAAGGCGCAGAAGCGGUGGAGCGGUUGUGCGACGUCGGAACUAGCUCCGGUGGCAUGUCGCUCUUUACCGAUCUCCUCGGCGAUCCUCUUUGUCGCGUCCGCCACUCUCCCCCCUUCCUCAUGCUCGUGGCGGAGCUGAUCGGUGGCCCGCAGAAGGAGAUCGUUGGGCUGGUCCGCGGGUGCAUCAAAACUGUGGCCUGCGGCGCCACCACCAAGAAUCUGAACCAUCAUCCUACCUUGACCGUCUCCAUCUCCGCCAAGGUCGCCUACCUUCUGGGCCUACGCGUCUCCCCUCACCACCGGCGGCGGGGGAUCGCACUUAAUCUGGUCCAGCGAAUGGAGGAGUGGUUUAAGGCGAAGGGAGCGGAUUACGCUUACAUGGCGACGGAGAAGGACAACGAGGCGUCGCUGCGUCUCUUCACCGGCCGGUGCGGCUACUCCAAGUUCCGCACGCCGGCCAUCCUAGUGCAUCCUGUAUUCGCCCACCGCCUCCCCCUCACGCCGCAAGUCGCCGUGCUGCGUCUCCCUCUCGCCGACGCCGAGGAGCUCUACCGCCGCCGCUUCGGCGCCACCGAGUUCUUCCCUCGCGACAUCGACGCGGUGCUUGCGAACCCGCUCUCCCUGGGGACGUUCCUCGCCGUCCCCUCGGGAUGCCCUGCCGCGGCGCGGUGGCCGGGGGCGGCGGCUUUCCUGGCGGCCCCGCCCGCGUCGUGGGCUGUGGUGAGCGUGUGGAACUCGAAGGAGGUGUUCCGGAUGGAGGUGCGGGGGGCGGGACCGUGGCGGCGGGGGCUGGCGCGUGCGAGCCGGGCGUUGGACCGCGCCCUGCCGUGGCUGCGGAUCCCGUCGGUGCCGGACUUAUUCCGCCCGUUCGGGUUGUACCUGGUGUACGGAGUCUAUGGGGAGGGACCAGCUGCCGCGGAGCAUGUGCGAGCGCUGUGCCGGCACACGCACAACAUGGCGAUGGGGGACCCCGAGUGCCGGGUGAUUGCGGCGGAGAUGGCGGAGUGCGACCCUCUCCGGCGGGGGAUUCCUUUCUGGAGCAGGCUAUCUUGCGCCGAGGACGUGUGGUGCGUCAAGCGGCUGGCAGAAGAUUACGGCGACGGGGCGCUCGGCGACUGGACGAAAGCGCCACCCCCGCCGUCCAUCUUCGUGGAUCCCAGGGAGUUUUGAAUCCGAUGGCCUCCUUUUCCAGCCAUCACGAAUCGCUCGCUGUUGCGGUUUAAUUUUUCUGUGUCGUCGUAACGGUGGCAUAUAAAUGGAGUCGGAUCUUGUUUAUCCCACUUCAUUCCGGAAAGGACAUCCGCUAUGCAAUGCAAUGGAGUUUGUAAGAACCAAUUAGUGUGUGUGCUUUACAUGCAAUUUUGUUUAAAAAAAAAAAAUGCUACAAAUCUUAAUGAAUGACUCUUUAGUCAUAUUAUAUUCUUCCACGCACUCUAGUAUAUAGCCAGUCUGUGAUUGUUGCAUGU